CCGCCCAAGGACGUUUAAAGGACCGAACGGGGCCGCCGCUCGCAGCGCCCGGUGCCCGCCGCCGCCGCGACCCCCGGAGCCCCCCCCGGCCUCCCCCCGGGCCCCCCGAGCCCUCGGGGCCCUGCGGGGACCCCCCCCCCCGGCACGGCGACACGAUGGUGACGCAGAUCCUGAGCACGGUGGAGGCGCAGGCUCCCGGCGCCGCGGGGCCGUCGGGCUGCGGCCCCGUGCCCGUGCCCGUGGUGGCCGUGCCAGGCCCGGGGGUGGCGGCGGCGCUGCCCAACGGGGCCCCCCCGGGACCCCCGCCCGUGGCCGACGACAGCAAAACCAACCUGAUCGUCAACUACCUGCCGCAGUCCAUGAGCCAGGAGGAGCUGCGCAGCCUCUUCGGCAGCCUCGGCGACAUCGAGUCCUGCAAGCUCGUGCGGGACAAGGUCACCGGGCAAAGCCUGGGCUACGGCUUCGUCAACUACGUGGAGGCCGGCGACGCCGACCGGGCCAUCGGGGCCCUCAACGGCCUCAAGCUGCAGACCAAGACCAUCAAGGUGUCCUACGCCCGGCCCAGCUCGGCCUCCAUCCGCGAUGCCAACCUGUACGUGAGCGGGCUGCCCAAGGCCAUGGGGCAGAAGGAGAUGGAGCAGCUCUUCUCGCAGUACGGCCGCAUCAUCACCUCCCGCAUCCUCGUGGACCAGGUCACGGGCGUGUCGCGGGGGGUGGGCUUCAUCCGCUUUGACAAGCGCGUGGAGGCCGAGGAGGCCGUGCGGGGGCUGCACGGGCAGAAGCCCCUCGGGGCCGCUGAGCCCAUCACGGUCAAGUUCGCCAACAGCCCCGGGCAGAAAUCGGGGGGGGCCCUGCUGAGCCUCUGCCCCGGGGCCCGGCGCUAGGGGCCCUGCACCCCCCCCCCGCAGCGCUUCCGACUGGACAAUUUGCUGAACGUGGCGUACGGGGUGAAGAGGUUCUCCCCGCUGGCCAUCGAGGCGGUGCCGGCGCUGGCCGGGGUGGGCUUGGGGACCCCCGGGCCGGGCUGGUGCAUCUUCGUCUACAACCUGGCGCCCGAGGCGGACGAGAGCGUCCUGUGGCAGCUCUUCGGGCCCUUCGGCGCCGUCACCAACGUCAAGGUCAUCCGCGACUUCGCCACCAACAAGUGCAAGGGCUUCGGCUUCGUCACCAUGACCAACUACGAGGAGGCGGCCAUGGCCAUCGCCAGCCUCAACGGCUACCGCCUGGGCGACCGCGUGCUCCAGGUGUCCUUCAAGACCACCAAGCAGCACAAGGCCUGAGGGACCUUCAGGGACCCCCAUGGAGACCAUGGAGGAACUCAGCUGGACCCUGGGGACCUUCAGGGACCCCCGUGAGCACCAUGGAGGAACUCAGCUGGAGAUCUCGGGGACCCCCACGAGCACCAAACACAUCCUGGAGA